CCUCCCCGCCCUAGCACUCCCUCUCUCUUCUCCACUAUGGACAGAGCCUUCACAGAGCAGCUGUCUGCCCGUCACAGACCCAGCUGACAUGGGGACUGUGGGAGCAACGCAGCUGUGCUGGGCGAUCCUCAGUUUCCUCCUACUCCAAGGCCACAACUCCCAGUCCACAAUACAGCCCUCUGGCACUCCAGGAGCCUUCAGUUUAAGUCUGAUCACAGAGCCAACUUCUCCCAACACAGGAGACAGCCCUUCCUCAGAACCAGGUGCUCCAGAGAAGGCCUCACAGGUCCCCAAAGUAUCCAAUAAUCCUGUGACACCAAGGUCACGUACCAUGGAUGGUCACACCCUGUCCUUUCUGGGCCUGAGUCAGUCCCAGCCACAACAGCACACGCCAGGACUUGACACCUCUCAAAAUGCUACUCCCAAACCAGCCACCAUCAGCCUGAGGACACAAGAAGUCUCGACCAUCCUGCCCAGCCCUACAUCAGAGACGGUGCUCACUGUGGCUGCAUUUGGUGUUAUCAGCUUCAUUGUCAUCCUGGUGGUUGUGGUGAUCAUCCUUGUCAGUGUGGUCAGUCUAAAGUUUAAGUGCCAGAAGAACAAGGAAUCUGAAGGUACAUGCCUGACCCUCGGGGCUCCCCUUUGCCCCUCUUUGCUGAGGGACCCAGAGCCAAAUUCUAGGGCUAACACUCAGCUUGGAGCUGAGGGAAGGAAUGGCACAUCAGCACCACUAGAUGAAAUGGGAGGGUCCACUUGGGUGAGUUUUGAGGGGCAGGUUGGGCUUCUUCUGAGUUAUAGCNCAGAGAAAUAUACUGGUGACAAAAAGUUCUGGUAG